UCAACGUUCGUCCGAUCAGUGCAGAACAAUCAAUCAAACCGAGCAGUCAUGCAACAAUAUCGUCGCGAAAGUCAGAACCAACUAGUCUAAAUGGCUAUUCUACUAGUUGUAACGCUGGUUCUACUAAUCACGCUGAGUCAGGUAAUCACCCAGCAACCUGCCACGUUCCAGAUCAACCUGGUCCGGCGACAGAUCCUGAACCGAACCGUGCCGCUGCACUCAAACGUAACGAUCCGCUGCGACCUGGACGAUCCGCAGUGGUUCCGGAACGCUUCGUACAUCAUACCACAGGAUGUGGGAGUGAUACCGUUCUACGGGAUUGAAUCCGACGACGCCGGAUUCUACUCAUGCCGUUCGAGCAGGGGAGAGUGGGCUCAUUUGGGGCUGCUGGUGGAAGAUCGGCUGAAGUUGACGACGGGUCGGGUGAGUGAUGGACUCGAGCGGGUGUCGAAGGACUUGGAGGGGGAGGCUAGUGUACCGUUUUUCGUCGAUGAGUCGCAGUUGAUAACGGAGCGAACGCAGCUGGUGGGGAGUACGGUGCUCAUGAAGUGCACUGGCGAUGGCAACCCCAAGCCGGGUAUCGUUUGGACCAAGGACGGGCGGAAGAUUGUUCGGAAAGCGGGGAGGGUCGAAGACAUGCAGUGGGCGAUCGUGCUGGAGAAGUUGGAUGUGAGUGAUAGCGGGUCUUACCGGUGUAAUGUGUGUAAUCGAGUUGGUUGCAUAAGCUUUACGACGGAGUUGGAGGUUAAGGAACCGUCGAGACAGGCUGCGAUCGUGUACACCUACUUGCAGAACACGACGCUGGAGGUUGGCUGUGAGGCUCGGUUUGAGUGUUCGAAGAAGCCAGAUCUGGAACAACGGGUCGAGUGGAUUCGCUUUCACAUGGUGGACAAGACGAAUCCGGAGAUUCCAGAAAAUGUGACAAAACCUCGGGGAAGUUCCAACGAUGGGGAGGAGGUUCUUCUACUGCGAAACGUGACUCACGAUGACGAGGGUUGGUACACUUGCGUUGCGACCAGCGCUCGCGGGGUGUUCUACCAGAGUGCUUACUUGCGCGUUGUUGACGAGCUGGAGAAUGUUGAACUCAUUAUCGACCAGUACACGACGGCAAUGAUCCUGGUGAUUAGUCUGUCGGUGGCGUUUUGUGUUAUUGCGUUGAUGGUGGUGUUUAUUUGCAUCAAGUUGAGAAUCAACCAGAAAAAGUACUUCAACUAUUGGAUCAAAACUGUGACGGUUUCGCACAUGCCUGCAGUUGGCGGUACCGUGAAGAGCUUUCAACUUCCGGUGGUCCACAUCGAAACUCACCGGAUGGCGGUGGCCAAGAAUGAGUACUACGAAGUCGCGGACGUGUCCGAGUAUGAGUUUCCCAUCGACUGGAGCUGGGAGUUCUCGCGAGAUAAACUCACUCUGGGUGACACUCUCGGAGAAGGUGCCUUUGGCAGGGUGGUCGUGGCUGAAGCUCACGGUCUACUGGAGAAAGAUCAAACUUCCAAAGUAGCUGUCAAAAUGCUCAAGGAAGGCCACACCGACGUUGACGUCAAGAAUCUAGUCUGUGAAAUGGAGGUCAUGAAGCUGAUCGGAAAGCACUUCAACAUCAUCAACCUGCUCGGAUGCUGCUGCAAAGACGGUCCACUAUUCGUAAUCGUCGAGUACGCAAAACACGGCAAUCUCAAAGAGUUCCUCCGCAGUCAUCGACUUCAAACGGCCGUCGACAGCCCCAUCGAUGGUGACCGGCGAAUCCUUACCCCAAAACAGCAAAUCUCCUUCGCGUUUCAAAUCGCCCGCGGAAUGGAACAUCUCUCCUCGAUGCAGUGCAUCCAUCGUGACCUAGCCGCCCGGAACGUCCUCGUCACCGAAGGGCUCAUCAUGAAGAUUGCCGAUUUUGGCUUUGCCCGGGACAUUCACGAUCGGGAGUACUACCGGAGGAAGUCGGACAGCAAGCUGCCCGUCCGGUGGAUGGCUCCGGAAUCGCUGGAAGAACGAUUCUACGACACCCGCAGUGACGUGUGGUCCUUUGGAGUUGUAAUGUGGGAGAUCAUGACCUUCGGAAGUCACCCGUACCCGUCGAUACCGGCGUGGGACGAUCUGUUGGAGUUUUUGAAGCAGGGCAAGCGGUUGGAGCAGCCUCAGCACUGCUCGGAUGAGGUUUAUGCGUUGAUGAACAAGUGUUGGGAGUUUAAACCUGGGGAGAGGCCACCUUUUAGUGAAGUUGUGUGGGGUUUGGAUCAGUUGAUAAGUGCCAUCACCAGUGAGGAAUAUCUGGACCUGGGAGUGCCUGAGAGUCAGGCUUCGACGGUGAGCUUGCACGACGAUGAAGAAAAGAAGGUUUACAUUAGUGCGGAAGAGAUUGUGUAGUUUUAACAUAAGAUUCAUGUAAUUAGUCAAUUCUAGUGAUACAUA